CACUAUCCACCGCAGACUACAAAAACCCAAAAUCAUUAUAAUAAUGGCGGAGAGAAACCGCCAUUUUCAUAGCUGUGAAGUGAACAGAUAGCAAAGUUGUUGCUAUCUUUUUCUAUUAUUUUUUAGUUACACUUAUCACUCACUCACUCUUUAAUAUACAGUACGACCGACUCAUUAUUGUUUGAUCUCGUUGAUUGAUUGAGAGAGAAUGGCGAGCAGUACUGCGACUGGUAGCUCACAUUUCUCUUCAGUUUCGCGUGGGAGUAGUUUUAGCAGUUCUCCAGUUUCUAGAUUUGUUUGUAGUAAUCUGAGCUCGAAAAAGAGUAGCCAAUGGAGAUCCAAUCUGUUAUUCGUUCGAACUUUUAGGUCACGUUCUGUUUCGACGUCGUUUUGCGUCAAGAAUGUCAGUGAGGCGACGACUAAAAUCAAAGAUCCACUCGCCGAUGAAGUGCCGAGUAAUGGGAGUCUUACGACUCCAGAUGCGUCGUCCAUUGCGUCAAGUAUCAAAUACCAUGCGGAAUUCACACCGUUCUUUUCUCCUGAGAAAUUUGACCUCCCAAAGGCUUACUUUGCUACUGCGCAGAGUGUUCGUGAUGCUCUUAUUAUUAGUUGGAAUGCCACGUAUGAGUACUAUGAGAAGUUGAAUGUAAAGCAGGCUUAUUAUUUGUCUAUGGAAUUUCUCCAGGGUAGAGCAUUGCUCAAUGCAGUUGGUAAUUUGGAGCUGAAUGGUGCUUAUGCUGAGGCUUUGACCAAGCUUGGACACAAUUUAGAAAACGUGGCUCGUCAGGAGCCUGAUGCUGCUCUUGGAAAUGGAGGUCUUGGGCGUCUUGCGUCCUGUUUUUUGGACUCUUUGGCUACAUUAAACUAUCCUGCGUGGGGUUAUGGAUUAAGAUACAAGUAUGGCUUAUUUAAACAGCUUAUUACAAAAGAUGGCCAGGAGGAGGUUGCUGAAGAUUGGCUUGAGAUGGGCAAUCCCUGGGAAAUAGUGAGAAAUGAUGUUUCAUAUCCUAUAAAGUUUUAUGGCAAUGUUGUUUCUGGAUCAGAUGGAAAGAAACACUGGACUGGUGGAGAAGACAUAAAGGCUGUAGCAUAUGAUGUCCCAAUACCGGGAUAUAAAACUAAAUCUACUAUUAACCUGCGGCUCUGGUCAACUAAAGCUCCAGUUAAUGAUUUAGACUUGUCUGCUUUCAAUGAUGGGGAGCACACUAAAGCAUAUGAGGCCCUAGCGAAUGCUGAAAAGAUUUGCUACACUCUCUACCCUGGGGAUGAUUCUUUGGAAGGCAAAAUUCUUCGAUUGAAGCAACAAUAUACCUUAUGUUCAGCUUCUCUUCAAGAUAUCAUUGCACGUUUUGAGAGAAGAUCUGGAUCCCUUGUAAAUUGGGAAGAAUUUCCUGAAAAAGUUGCUGUGCAGAUGAAUGAUACUCACCCCACACUCUGCAUCCCAGAGCUCAUGAGAAUUUUGAUGGACUUGAAAGGUUUGAGCUGGAAGGAGGCCUGGAAUAUUACUCAAAGAACCGUGGCAUACACAAACCACACUGUUCUACCAGAAGCAUUAGAAAAAUGGAGUCUGGAGCUUAUGCAGAAACUGCUACCACGGCAUGUUGAGAUCAUAGAAUUGAUUGAUGAAGAGCUUGUAUCCACUAUUGUAUCUGAGUAUGGUAGAGAAGAUCCCGACUUGUUGGAGAUAAAACUUAAGGAAAUGAGAAUAUUGGAAAAUGUAGAUCUGCCCGAAGCUUUUGCAGAUAUAAUUGUUAAACCCAAGGAAAGCUCUGUUCCUUCUCUCACUGAAAACUCUGAAAAUUCUGAUGAAGAAAUUAAGCUAGUUGAUGAAGGGGAUGAACAUGAUAGCAACUCAGAUAUCAAAACUGAAACUGAAAGCACGAAUGACCUGGAAAACAAAGACACUCAUAAGAAGGAAACGGUAGUGGUGGAACCAGCACCAAAACCGCCAAAGAUGGUUCGUAUGGCUAAUCUCUGCAUUGUGGGCGGUCAUGCAGUGAAUGGAGUUGCUGAGAUACAUAGUGAAAUAGUGAAGGACGAAGUGUUUAAUGCAUUUUAUAAGAUGUGGCCUAAGAAGUUUCAAAAUAAAACAAAUGGAGUUACGCCAAGAAGAUGGAUCCGAUUCUGCAAUCCAGAUUUGAGUAAAAUUAUCACCAAGUGGACUGGCUCUGAAGACUGGGUUUUAAAUACUGAAAAGCUGGCCGAGCUGAGCAAGUUCGCUGAUAACGAGGAUCUCCAAAACGAAUGGAGGGCAGCUAAAAGAACUAAUAAGAUGAAGGUUGUGGAAUUGAUCAGAGAAAGAACAGGGUAUUCUGUCAGUCCCGAUGCGAUGUUUGAUAUCCAGGUGAAGCGUAUUCAUGAGUACAAGCGUCAGCUGAUGAAUAUAUUAGGAAUUGUUUACCGGUACAAGAAGAUGAAAGAAAUGAGUUCUGCAGAAAGGAAAAAACUGUAUGUACCAAGAGUUUGUAUAUUUGGGGGAAAAGCAUUUGCUACAUAUUUGCAAGCCAAGAGAAUUGUGAAACUGAUUACAGAUGUUGGGGCCACAGUUAAUCAUGACCCUGAAAUAGGUGAUUUACUUAAGGUUGUUAUUGUCCCAGACUAUAAUGUCAGUGUAGCUGAAUUGCUUAUUCCCGCAAGUGAGCUCUCCCAGCAUAUCAGUACUGCGGGGAUGGAAGCCAGUGGUACCAGUAACAUGAAGUUUUCCAUGAACGGUUGUGUCCUGAUAGGGACCUUAGAUGGGGCCAAUGUAGAAAUACGGCGGGAAGUUGGAGAAGACAACUUCUUCCUCUUUGGUGCUAAAGCUCAUGAAAUCGCUGGGCUGAGGAAAGAAAGAGCCGAGGGGAAGUUUGUUCCGGACCCGCGUUUUGAAGAAGUAAAGGAAUAUAUCAAAAGUGGUGUUUUUGGGUCAUACAACUAUGAUGAACUAAUGGGAUCCUUAGAAGGAAAUGAAGGUUUUGGUCGUGGUGAUUAUUUCUUAGUUGGCAAGGACUUCCCCAGCUAUUUAGAAUGCCAAGAGGAAGUAGAUGAAGCUUACAGGGACCAAAAGGGAUGGACCAAAAUGUCAAUCAUGAAUACAGCAGGUUCACACUACUUCAGCAGCGACAGAACAAUCCACGAAUAUGCCCGAGAUAUUUGGAAUAUUCAACCCGUUGCAUUGCCAGAGUAACCUCUGCAGUUGCAGUAUAGAGUCAGUGAUGCCACAAGCUACUGGAUUAGUAUGGGAAUAUCAUCAAGCUGUAAUUUUAAUUUGCUUUUUAUGUAAAGGAAGUAUCCAAAAUAAAUGCAGAUCAACUGAUCGAGUGAGAACUGAAAAAAAAUAACAGAGAAUAAGUAGAAGUAGAGCUCCCAUUUUCCUUGGGUAUAAUAAAGAAAUGAAUAGAUUUUAAAAUCUCAUUCAUUCAUUAUAAUGUCUUGAACUUAAAUCAAUUUUUGUUAUUUAGUUAAGUUGAAAUAAAAUUACUGAUUUUUCAA